AUUUAAAGUCACGUGAUACUAAAGUAGCCAUCUUGGAAAAAUAUCGAAAAUCAGAAAUGGCAAUAUUUGAUAGAACUUACGGCGGAUACCGCGUAUUUAUCGGUGAUCUCGGAAGAAGUGUAUCGAAAUACGAUCUAGAAAGAGAAUUUGAAUAUUAUGGAAACUUAAUGGAUGUAUGGAUUGCUAGAAAAACACCUGGUGUAGCUUUUCUUGUCUAUAAACAUGCAGAUGAUGCAGAAAAUGCUGUUCAUGACAGAGAUGGACGUCAAGUUUUUGGGCGCCGAAUACGAGUAGAACAUGCAAAACCAUAUGAGAGGAGACAGCGGGGUCCUCCUCCACCGCGCUAUGGGGGAAGUUAUAAUGGCCGAAGAAGGACCACAUCCCUACUCAUUAAAUACAAUGACAAUGAUGUUCACAAGCUACAGACUCUACUAGUAGCAUCUAACUAUUGACAAACGCCACAAAUUGUGACCAAACAAACAAAUAUACCCUUUAGUACAACACCCACAAUUGAGUUAAGCCACACCCACAAUUGACCAGGCCACACCCACAAUUGAUCAGGCCACGCCCACAAUUGAUCAGGUUACGCCCACAAUCUCCUAGUCUCCUUGUAGACAGGAUUCAAGAAUUGACAAACAACUAUACUACCGCUACUAAAUGCAAUAUGCCCAUAUAUGGGGCUUUCUGCACUUCAGUGUACUUAGAAAUGCACUUGAACUAUUCUUGAUGACAUUUAUAGAUCAAGGUCGCGAUCUCGAGGAAGGAGAAGUAGGUCAAGGUCAAGAGAACAUAGGCGAAGGUCAAGAACAAGGUCACCCCGUAGAAGAUCAAGCAGAGAUAGGUCAAGGUCACGAGACAGACGUGAUCGUUCGGGGGAUAGACGUGACAGAUCAGGGGAUAGACG